AUGCUUAAUCAAUGUUAUAUUUUUUAUGGAUUAUAUAUUAUAAUAUUAUUUAAUAUAUUUUAUAAACCUGUUUUAAGUUGUAUGCCGGGUUAUGAACAAGAACGUGCUAAAAUAAAACAAUAUUUAGGAUUAGAAUGGGUUGAAAAUGGUCUUGAUAAAUUAGAUUCAAAAAAAUUACGUCCAAUACGCCAUUCAUCAGAUCUUAAUUGUGAUUUUCAAAAUGUUGAAACGUGUAACUGGAAAAAUGUUGAAAGUAAAGAAGGAUUAGAUUCAAUGGAUUUUUUUCUUUUUACAAAAACAGAUCAUAUAGAAUUUCCAUAUUUACGUGUUGCACCAGGGCCAUCAAAACUUUCUGAGGGUGACAAUUUAUUAUUUAUUGGUGAUAGAAAACGUGAAGAACAAACAGCAAUUAUACGAUCAUCAUUGAUACCAUGCCAAAAAAAUAUUGGAAAAUUAACAUUAGAUUAUUGGACAUAUAAUGGUGCUAGAUUAGAAGUUUUAAUGUAUGAAAAAUUACCAGAUGAUAAUAUAAAAUUAAUACCAGAAAAAUUAUAUUUGGAUUGUGGAACUGUUUAUUUAAAUACUGAAUGUUAUGUAAAUAUACCUGAACGUAAUACACCUUUUUAUAUUGCAAUAAGAGGUUAUGAUAUGGCAAAUGUUGAAGGAUCAUUUGUAAUGGUUGAUAAUAUAAAAUAUGAAGCAGAAUUAUGUAAAGUAGCAUUAGAUUUAGGUGAAGAUUUUGAAGGAAAUGAUUUAAUAACCAGUGCAAAUGGUGAUUAUAUAAGUACACCUUCUGAUUUAUCUUGUUCUGAUUGGAAUAAAAAAUGUAGAUGGAGAAAUAGUAUUUCUGGAAAUGGGAUAUGGAAAAUGGCAAAAAAGUCACCAAAUGAAAGUAAUUUAUACAAUAUAACUGGAACAUUUAAUAGGCCAAUUAAAAAUUUUGUUUAUUUGUAUAUUGAACAAUAUAGUAAAGGACCUUUUGUUAUGUUAGUAUCAGAUCCAAUACAAUGUCAAAGUAAUGAAAAAUCUUUUAUACAAUUUCGUACAUGGGCAUCAAAAAAUGUUCAAUUAAGUAUUUGUGCAUUUACUUUAGCUAAAGAAAAAUUAGAAUGUAAAGAAAUAAUGUUAAGUCAAACACCAGCACCAAUAAAAUAUCAUUUCCGUCCAAAAAAAAAUUUUAUGUAUGGUAUUAAAAUUGAUAAUGUUGAUCAAAAUGUUGAUAAUUUUAUAGCAAUUGAUGAUAUAAAAUAUUCUGCUACAUUAUGUGAUGAUGCAAAAAAUUCAUAUGAUUAUGGAAAUGAUUUUUAUGUUACUGAAUUAUUAUCUACAAUUGUUAAUAGACCACUUCAUACAACAAGUGAUUUAAAUUGUGAUUUUGUAAAACGUGGUUUAGAUUGUGUCUGGGGAAAUGAUGAUAGUAAUAAUAAUGUACUUUGGCAAAUUGGAUUAGGUAAUAUAAAUAUUCAUAAAUUUAGUUCAUUAACAGGAACAAAUAUUUUACCAGAUGGUGAAUUUGGUAUUGCUAAUUUUACUAAACCUGGAACAGCAAUAUUAUUAUCAGAAAUAAUAAAAUGUACAAAAGGAGAUUCAUCUUUAACUUUAAAAUAUUGGCAAACUGGUAAUGCAAUAUUAAAAGUAUGUUUAAUUGAUGGAAGAAAAAUGACAAUUAUAGAUUGUCAACCUGUUACUAUAAAUCAACCUGGUCCUAUUAUAAUUGAUAUUCCCCAAGUAACAUCUCCAUUUCGAUUAUCAUUUUAUGCUGAAUCAUCUAGUCAAGGUACCAUUAUUGUUGAUGAUAUAAAAAUGGAUGGUAUUAUAUGUUCUAGUACACCUAUUACAAAAUAUCCAAAACAAUCAAAAGCAUUUGCAGCAAUAACACAAAUAUUUAGUAAAAAAAUUAUUGAAAUUCCAGAUCCAAAUGUUUGUAGAUUAUUAUCAUGUGAUUUUAAUCAAAAUUCUACAUGCCUUUUUACUUCUGAACAUUUACCAUCUAGUAAAUCAGAAUUUAUAUUAUCUAAUAAAGCUAUGUGGGUUGUAUUAAGUAAAGAAAAUUAUAUAGCAAUGCUUGCUUCACCUAUCUUUAGUCUUAAUACACAAGGAAGAUUUCAUUUUGAUUAUAAAAUUUAUGAAGGAAAUGUUGAUAUUUUUGUUUGUCAAGAUAGUGUUAAACGUUCAUUUGAUACAUGUUUUAAAGUUUCAUCAAAUACCAAAAAAAAUAAAGAAAAAUAUGAUAUAGAUAAUAAUUGGAAACAUGAGUAUGUUGAUAUAUUGCCAUCAGACAUUCGUCUUUAUAUUGUUGUAAAAUUUUCUGAAGAAAGUUUAUUUCAUAGAGCACGAAUUGCAAUUGAUAAUUUAAUAUUAAGAGAUGUUGAAAAUAAUGACAUAUGUUAA